AUGGCAUCAAACCGAAUUGGAUCUUCUAGUACUAAUAUUACUCAAUCAUUCUUAUCAAGAGAAAAAAGAAGAAGACAUGUGUUUAAUGAAGAACCACUUUCUCAAUUUCCAAAAAAUGAUAAGAGUUCAUCUGAUAUAUUUAAUUUGUCUAUAUCAGAAAGAUCGUUACCUCUGUUAUCUCCAGGCCUUCAAGAACAUAAUAGAAGUUUAACUUUAUUUAGUUUAAAUAAAAGUUCUGAAAGUGAAACCAAUAGUAUAAACGACAAGAAUAGUGAAGAGGAUACUAUAUCAAGUUUAGAGCCUAUAAAUUUAAAUGAUUUUAUAGUACAAUUAUCAACUUCAAGACAGUCAGAUAAUACAUCAAGUAAUUCUCUAAGUAAUUCAUCAAAUAAUUCAUCAAAUAAUUCACCAAAUAAUUCACCAAAUCUUUUACCAUAUCAAUUACUAAAUCUUGAAAAUGAUUCUAUGAUUAUUGGAGAUAAUAUAUCAA